CAAUUCCGGUUUGAUUACGCUAUUUCCUGUAUGAAGCUAACUAAUUUGAACUAUUACUGGUCGUCAGAGGUUUGUACUUAUUUGUUAAAUCGAGGCAAGAGUUAAAUGUAUUCCAUUGUUGUUGUAAAGUUAACUUUACUUCAUUGGCUAACCGAAAUGAACAGUGAAAUCCAGUCAGUAGACGAAGCCCAUAGAAAUGUAGCACUGCGCAUGCGUGGAGGCGGCUAAAUUCAAAACUGAAGAAGACGUUAGCAUCGGGGCUCGUUGACGUUAGCUGCUGCUGCUGCUCGCCCUUCGACCCAGCUACUAAUAAGAGACAUGAAAACUAUUUUAAGGUAGUUAAGAAGUAAUAACUCGACUGUAUCUGUUGUAAAACGCGAAGAAUUGGCUUACAACAACUCCAAGUUGAAAAUGGAGCCUCUGGAUCCUGCCAAGAAUGAUAAAGGCAGUGGAUUCUCCAAGCGGCGCAUUUCUUCGAUUUUAAAAGCACCACGGAAAUCUGUCAGCUUCCCUGAGCCACAGCAACAGGAAAAUGUGGUGGAGUGUGUCAAACCAGUGGACAAGAGGAAUUCAAGAAGAGUCAGUUUUGCCCCUGCCAAUGAUGUUCUUCUGUUUUCAAAGGAUGCAAAAAAUGCCUCUCCAACACAAAGUCAUUCACAGGAGAUAAUAACAACAGCGGCAGCCUCACAAAAUAGGGUCCAAGUGGAUGUCCCUGAAGAUGGGAUUCAACCAAUUAUGGGAAUGGAAACCCUAUUGAAUGCUCCUCUACAUGCUUCUCAACAAAGGGAUAUGGUCAACUUUGAUAUGCAGCAGGACCUUGGGGAAAAAACGGUGAUGUUUUCAGACGAUGCUUUCAUGGACAUGACCCAAAGUCAAACCAUAAACAUUGCUAGUGAUGCAGAAUUAUUUGCAGAUAUUUCCCUCCACAACCAUGACACUUUAUCCACUAGAGGAGAGAAAUCCGUAAUGUUCACUGCCAAUGAUGGAUCCAUGGAUACGACCCUGUGUCAUACUGCAAAUACGACGAGCCGGUCUGUUUCAUUACCCGCUAGCAGAAACGUAGAUUUCAGUGGAGAGAAGAUAAACAUAUCCUCAUCAGUGGCUUCUUUGGAUCCUGGAUUUAGCGACUUCCUUGCAAGUCUCUCUAAAGCCAGUGUCCCCAGCGUUAAUCCUGGGGUCACCAGAAUGAGGCCUCCUGCUGGAGCAUCCUCAGAGGCAUCAAACGGCUCCCUGCCCCAGGUUAAAACUCAUAAAGCUGAUGUCGAUAAAGAAAACAAGGCUCCGCCUUCAAUUUUUGCUGUGAUGGAGAAGCCACUAAACGCAUCGAGGAAGACUGGUGAUCAAUCUUUUGGAAGUGCACUCUGGCCAGAAGAUGAUGUAAACAUGGGUGAUGAUGAUGAUGAUGAUGACCCCUUUCAGGGUUUUUUUUCCAGCAAAGAAAUGUACUCCAAAAGAGUGUCAAAGACUGCAGAGAAGACCAAACAGCAGAUCAGUAAAACACCAACAUCAUCAUCCAACCCUAAAGAUAUGACAUCCUUGAAGAACCCUCCUCUGCAUGAUUCUUCUCAAAGACACAAGGUCAACCUUGAUAAAAGAGAUGAACGCCAAGAUAAAACAGUAAUGUUUACUGCAGAUGAGGACUUUAUGGAUAUGACUCAGAGUCACACGGCCAACAUUGCCAGUGGUUCAUUAGCUCCUCCAAACCAAAACUUGUCUGGCUUCCUUUCAAGUCUCUCUAAACCAGGGGCCUCCAGUGGUAAACCUGCACUACCAAAAAUGGCACCUUCUACUGCAGCAUCCUCUAAGGACACUGUCAACGCAAACAGCUCCCUGCCCCAGCUUAAGAGUAUAGUUGGUAAAGAAAAUCAGUCAACCAGGAGCUCUGGAGAGUCAUUCAAUGGAGGAACAAUCUGUUCUGAAAAUGAUGUAAGCAUGGACAUGACUGAAGCUCAGACAGGCCGCAUUCUGGGUAUCGCUGGCUCAGAUGAUGCUUUCCAGUUUCUUUUUCCCACGCAAGACACGUACAGCCAUGGUGAAAGUCUGAAGAAAGUAGAGACUACUUCAGGACAGAAGAGCAGCAAAAAACGACUGUCAUCUGUCAACUGUGCAGGUAUGGAAACAUCAUUCAGGCAAUCUUUGAAGACAAAGGUGCAAAGAAAUCCGGCCAAAUUUGAUACCGAAGACAACUGCGGAGAGAGAACUGUGAGGUUUUCUGCAAACGAUGCCUGUAUGGAUGUCACACAAAGUCACACUGUAAACAUCGCCACGGAUUUGGGUUUUUUGCCUACAUGCGGAGAGAAAACAGUGAGGUUCAAUGCAAACGAUGCAGCUAUGGAUAUGACCCAGUGCCUUACUGUGAAUAUUGACAGUAAUUUAGUAUCUGAUUCAGUUCUCCCUGUAAUGAAACAAGCUGGGGCAUGUGGUCUGCCUCAAAACAGAUCUUCAUCAGCACGCAGUUUGGAUCCAAAAUCUAAUACAAGCCUCUCAAAACCAAGUGGAACGAUGCCUACAGCUGAACAAUUCUCCAACAUUGACGACUCUUUAAGUGGAGUUACAAUCUGUCCAGAAGAUGACAUAAGCAUGGACAUGACUGAAGCUCAAACAGGCAGAAUUUUAGGAACCACAGAUACAGAUAAUCCUCUUCAGUGUCUUUUUCCCACACAAGAUAAGUACCCCAAUAGUUUGAAGACAGCAGUGAUGACUUCACAACAGCAGCACAAUGAAGCACGGAGAUCAACCAACAAUAAAGGUAUGGAAACCUCAUUGACUGCUUCUCUGAAGAUGAAGAUGCAUCAGGUCAAGUUUGAUGCUGAAGCCGACUACAGAGACAAAACAGUGAGGUUUACUGCAGACGACGCCUGUAUGGAUGUGACGAAAAGUCACACUGUAAACAUCGCCACUGAUUUACAACUGCAGUCACACCGAAAUGCGGACUUUUUACCUGCUUGUGGAGAGAAAACCAUGAGGUUCACUGCAAAUGACGCAGCAAUGGAUGUGACAAAAAGUCACACUGUAAACAUUGCCACUGAUGUACAACUGCAGCUGCACCAAAAUGUGGACUUUCUACCUUCUGGCGGAGAGAAAACAGUGAGGUUUACUGCUGUCGACGCCUGUAUGGAUGCAACAAGGAGUCACACUGUAAACAUUGCCACUGGCUUUCACAAUGAGGACUUUCUACCUACAUAUGGAGAGAAAACAAUGAGGUUCACUGCAAAUGACGCAGCAAUGGAUGUGACGAAAAGUCACACUGUAAACAUUGCCACUGAUUUACAGCUACAGUCUUGCCAAAAUGUGGGCUUUAUUCCUGCAAGCGGAGAGAAAACAAUGAGAUUCACUGCAACUGAUGCAGCCAUGGAUGUGACGAAAAGUCACACUGUCAACAUUGCCACUGAUUUCGAACCCCGGUCACACCAAAAUCUGGACUUCUUACCGGCUUGCAGAGAGAGAACAAAGAGGUUCACUGCUAAUGACGCAGCUAUGGAUGUGACGAAAAGUCACACUGUCAACAUAGCCACUGAUUUACAGCUGCAGUCACACCAAAAUGUGGACUUUUUACCUGCUUGUGGAGAGAAAACACUGAGGUUCACUGCCACUGAUGCAACCAUGGAUGUGACGAAAAGUCACACCGUCAACAUUGCCACUGAUUUCGAACCCCGGUCACACCAAAAUGUGGACUUUUUACCGGCUUGCGGAGAGAAGACUAAGAGAUUCACUGCAAAUGAUGCAGCUAUGGAUGUGACGAAAAGUCACACUGUCAACAUAGCCACUGAUUUCGAACCCCGGUCACACCAAAAUGUGGAUUAUGUACAAGCAUGCGGAGAGAAUACAAAGAGGUUCACUGCAACUGAUGCCACCAUGGAUGUGACUAAGUGCCUCACAGUCAAUAUUGCAAGCAAUUCAGUACCAGAUUCACUUCUCCCAUACCAAGAUGCGGACAGUUUAUCCAGUCAUGAAAAUGUGGAUUUACCUUUAUCUGCAAAGAAGACACAUCGUCCACAGAGAAACCAAUCUUCAUCAGCACUCACUUUGGAUCCAAGCUUUAAAAACUCCUUGUCCAGGCCGAGUGGCUCUGGGCUUAAUCCUGUGAUCACAGAAGUAGUGGCUCCUGCUGCAUGGUCCUCUGAAGAAACUGAAGGCAUAAUUGACUUCCUGCAUCAACCUGAAACGCAGAGGCCAGAUGUGGAUACUGAAAAGGAAGCUCCAGGAUUUAUUUCAGCUUUCGUGGAGAAGCCAGUAAAUAAAUCUAUGACCGUCGGCCCAGAGAACAAUGUAAACAACGGCAUGACUGAAGCUCAAACAGGCUGCAUUUUGAGACGAGCGUAUACAGAUGAGCCACUUCAGUACCCUUCUUCCACUCUGGACUUGUACCCAAAUUCUGACCAUAUGAAGAAAACAGAGGUUACUUUACAAGAAAGAAUUGAAGCACAGGGAUCACCUAUCAGUGACGGAGUGGGAAACCUUCCAGAUUCUCUUGACUCAAAUGAACCUGACACCAAGAAGGAACGCGAACCAAUUAAUCAAAUUUGCACUUCAUCACAGAAGAUUGAAAGUCCACCCAGUGUUGUUGGCCAUGAAGUUGAUGCUGCACCUUCACGGAAGUCUAGACAAAUGAUUUUAGCUGAUCUUCAGACAAAAUUAAGGCGUUUGAGCCAUGUAAUCAAUGCAGCUCCUGAUACUACUGCCAUGGACAGCUGCACAGCAUCUUUGCCUCAUUUGGAACAGGACGCGGACAAAAACUCAGACGACAAAACCAAAUCCCUUCCUGUAACAGAGCCUGACCUCGAAAUGGGUUUGCCAAACACUCAAGAAAACACACAAGAUGAAUGUCCUGUGCAAGAAGAACAACAACCCUCUACUUCAACAACUCCUUUCAAGUUGAAGACUCAACAACUUUUGUCAAGACUUUCAAUGGGAAACUUUCAGGCCAAACUCCCCCAAAGAAGCAAACCAGAUGAUCCAAAGAAGGUGAAUUCAGUGGGAGAUCAUACGAGGACAGUCACCGCCAAUUUCACUAAUCACCUAAGCGACUAUGAAGAGGAUAUGAGCAAUAUUUACGAUGAAGAGCUUGGUAGCUGUGAAGAUAUGUCGGAAACGCUGGACAUGAUGAGUCCUCAGAAAGCCACUGAAAGAGUGACUGCUUCCUACAAGUUCAACAUAGAUGAAGAGCUUUUACAGGACGAUGUAUUUGAACAGGACUUUAUUAGUGCUGUCCAUGGAACAAAAAGACCUUUGCCAGAAGAUGAAGUUUAUGAGGAGGAAGAGAAGAGAAUGAAAACUUCCAAUGAGGUGGCUGCUGAUGCUGAAACUUCUCAUUUUGUGGAGGGUGACGGUAACACUCCUACAGCUCCAGGCAUGACUACGAAAGAUUACUUCAACAGCAGUCACACAGCCGGCAGCAGAUGUGAGGCGACAUUUGAAUCAACUCUUAAACAAAGCCUGAUGGAAUCCCAGCUUGAAGGCUACGCCAGUGAUAUACAGAGGAAAUUCGAUGAUGGCACCGUAACAGUGUUGGAGUUCUUUAAAAUCUUCAACAUAGACUUUGUCAUCCAUAACCCUCGACAAAGCGUUCUUCCUGGCAGAUUUUUGUCAGACGAAGAUCGAACACCGCUGGAUUUACUGAAAGACAGACACAUCAACCGUCCUAAACAGUUGGUGUACGAGGCGGAUGUCCUCAACCUCACAGAGAAGGUGGAGGGGUUGAAGGUGCGAAUGCGGGACCUAGACAGACCACUGAAGACUGUUAACAGACCUUUGUGGGAGGAAGUGAUAAAUUGUUCAGAACAAGAGAUCAAGUGUUUCGGAGCAAAACUAAAAGAGAGGAAUAACCUCUUCAGAAAGAUGAGCAAAGUUCAGUCACAUGAAAUGAAGGAGGUUUUGUACUCAAAUCUUGUGCAGGCGAAUCUGGAGGAGCAGCAGAAGUUGAGAGGAAAGCUCGAAGAAGCAGAUGCGAUGCUAAAAAGUUUGGAUGACUGCAUUUGUGAAUUAGAAACAGAACUCGCUGCAGUCGAAGAAAAAGGCUCCGAAGACAAACCAAGUCUGAAAUCUCUUCAGGAAGAAAUGCAGAAAGUCACUGAGGCUUUGGCAGAUAAUGACCGACAAAUAUCUGAACUGGAGAUGCAGAAGCAGCAGAAUUCAAAUAAACUGAACAGACUGAAAGCAGAGACGAGGAACCUCGAGAGCCACGUCACCGCGCUGCAUAUGUUGAGUGAAUGGAAGUUUGGGGAGAAGGGAGACAACUUUACCGUCUUCACCUUCCUCCAUGAGACCUUGCAUCUACAGUUGGUGUAUGAAAAAUCAAAUGGAAAUGAUGCUGAUAAUCAGUCUGAGAGGAAAAUAUCAGACAUCACAUUCAAAAUUCAACUUGAUGCUGAUAAGUCACAGGGUCACGCCUGCCUCGUUCACAAACUGCUCUCUCAGUACAUCGAGGGAGAAACUGACUGGGUGGAGAAGUAUCCAACGAGCAGACACGUUCCAGCACUGCUCCAUGAUGUGAGUCUGGUGGUGAGUCGCUGUCGUCUGCUGGGAGAAGAGCUGCGUCUGCUGAAGAUGUGGGGAGGUCUCAGGCUCAAUGUCCUCAACAUCAGCUGUGUGGACACUCGAGUGCACAUUAUCUUCAGCUCUCUCAAGACAGUUUCCAAGUUCGAGGUGAUCUUCUCUGUCAGUUUGAUCAACCACCUCUAUGCCCUUCAAGUGCAGAGCUUCAAAAAUACGAUCGGAAACACAGCAAUCCAGCAGAUUGAGGAGAUUGUAGCAUCUUUCAGUCCAGCCAAGAAUCUCCUGACGAAGAUUGUCAAAAAAAUUCAUGAAAAUUUGCUCCGUUGAGACCACAAAAUCUGAUCCAAUCAUUUGUAAUCAGACUCUUUUGUACAGUAAAGAAAAUGAAUCCAUAAAUUCAGUGUACAGUUUCUCAGGCUGAUUUUCUUGCAAUGUGCAAAAAGGUAAUGAUUCUCACUGCAUGCUGUGUCCUCAUGAUGCAACAGCACCUGUUAAUAAUUUGCAUUUUGCAAAAAUUCAUUGCAUUUGGUUAUAUAUACUUAGCAGCAUUUAAUGCACGGUAUUCCAGCCUCUGGAAACAUAGAACUGGACAAUGUACAAAUUUCAAUUACUAAAAAUCAGGAAAUUAGUCUAAACUAAAACCUCUCUUUAAUCUGAGAUUUGGCCUGAAGUCAUUAACAUUUCGGUGCCCGAACGUCUCUAAAAAUGACAUUAGAGUGAAAUACUUUUUCACAGCUGCAUUGCUAAUUUAUGUAAUUUCCAGCAUUGUGGAGUUGUGUUGGCUAUGGCAGCUAGCUAUAGGUUAUUUGCAUUUACUUAAACAAAAUCAUAUUUCAGUGAUUUCACUUCCAGAUGGUGAAUGUGGACCAAGCUUACUCUUAGUGUAUAUACGUAUGUGUCUUGUUUUGUUGUGCUGGAAAUAUGUAAAUAUAUGUUGUUCAUAAUGCUAUUAUCACACUUGAUCUUUUCAUUUUUGUAGGAAAAAAAACAUACUUUUGUAUUAGAGAGCAAGAAUUGUAAAUUAUAUGUACUCAAAAGUUUGCAUUAAAAAAAU